UUGAGCAAAGAAACCUUUUCUCUGGUUUUAUUUAAGUUAAGUGGGAACUCUGGUUCUCAGUGCCUGCAUAAUACUUCCAGUAUGGCCGGUGGAUACUUCACCUGCUACAUAAAUACAACAAUACCUUCUGCUGGAUUGCAUUAUUUAAAUAUGACUGUGAUCAACCACACGCACACUCGUUCUACCAGCUGGAAGGUUUCAGCGUGUCCUUCUGGGCCUGAGUUUUUGAAUCUCAUGUUGUCCAAGACAGAUCAAGAUAUUUGUGCCUCUCUGCCCAUAGACACAGUGAAUAGACGACAGAAGGAAACAUUUACAGAAGCUACUCACAAUCACAAGCAAGCUGUGUGGAUCCACACUGACAAACAAGCGUAUGCAACACAGGAAGAUAUAACACUUGUAGCAGUAACAGAAGAACCAAAGCUACUAUAUUUUCAUUGGCUAUUUGGAGACGGAACUGAAAUAAAGACAACAUCGAGAACCUUCACAAAGAGAUAUCAACUCCCAGACAAAUUUAAUGUGACGGUCAGUGUGUAUGAUGGUCCCACUUCCGUCAGCUCAGAUAUUUAUCCUCUUGUAGUUCAGAGAGCUGUGCGGCCCAACAGGCUUCUGUACACGCCUUCAGUGUUAUUAAACAGCACUGUGAGCUUCAUCUGCAGAAUCAGCACAGGCACUGAUGUCUCCUAUCGCUGGAAUUUUGGAGAUGGAACAGAGCGAGACGGAUCAGGCAUUGAGCAUCACAUUUUUCAUAGAACCGGUGAGUAUGUAGUUGAGGUAAUUAUGUCCAACCUGGUGAGCACUGCGACCUUAACAGGACACAUCUUUGUAGUUGAGGAACCAUGUCAACCUCCAAUGGUGAAAAAUAUGGGCCCCAACAAAAUACAGGUGUGGCGGUAUCAGAAUGUGCGUCUUACUGUGACCUUUGAGGCCCACAUUCAGUGUAAUGUCUCCAGAGGUCUUCUGUAUAGAUGGACUGUAUAUGACAUGAGGGAACAGCCAGUGCUCCUUCCACACACUGAAACUGAUAGGCAAUAUUUGGUACUGCCAAAGUAUUUCCUUCGUUAUGGAACAUAUAAAGCUAUAGCAAAGGUCCAGGUGGCUGGUAAUGUGGUGUACAGUAACUACAGUGUUGGAAUUGAAGUGAUGCUCAACCAUCCUGUGAGUGUCAUCAAUGAAGCUACAAACAUUUUUAUUAAUCGUCAAGGUGGCACCAUUGCACUGGAUGGAGGAAAAUCGUAUGACCCAGAUUACCCCAAUAAUACUAUAAGUUACAGUUGGUCAUGCAGACCAGUUCACACAAAAGAGAGCAACUGUUUCAACACAAACAUUCAGACUACUUCAGCAGUACUUCAAUUUCCCACUUAUUCCCUGAGGUCUGGCUUUGACCUGUUUCAGUUAACUCUUACUGUGUACAGCAGGAAUCGAUCGUCUACAUCUGAGGUGUUCAUCACUGUUACAACAAAACAAGUCAGAAAAAUUCAUAUGUCUUGUACACAUUGUUGUGGGAAUUCUGUGAACUGGAAUGAGCAAUUUUCCAUCUUUGCUCUCUGCUAUGAAUGUGAUUCCCAACCCCAGAAUGUCACAUAUAACUGGAAACUUUACCUUGUUAAUGCCUCAAGCAAGGUUAUUACAGAGGCCCCAUUCUUCAGCAUUGUGGAUCUAGGUUUACCAGCUAAAAUAGAGGAAAACUUGUAUCUCUUCCAAGAGCCUGUGGAGACCCCCUACACGGAAGCCCCAUUUACUGAGCCCUCGAUUACAGUGUCUCUGCCUCCUUAUCUUUUAUCUAAUAAUACUGAUAUUUCAUCCUCGGUUACACACAAUAUCUUGGCUUCAGAGAUCUAUACAAAACCACAUACUACUAAAUCACACACUCACAGUCCCAACAAAAACAUGUUAAAACAGUCAUCUUUUCCGGAUACCUCAGAUAUGGACCCAUCCUUAAAUCUGCCCUUUCUAGAGGAAGCAGAGUCCUCCGGGGGUCAGUGGGAGGAUGGGGAUCCUUUACCACCCUCAGACAGUGCGUCAUUGACUGAUGUGAACUCAGACUAUGAUUACUAUAACUUUGGAAUCGAAGAGGCUGAUCCUGGGGUCCCACUUGGCAGACCAACAGGGAUUGAUCCAAUGGGGUUUAGCUGGAAUGAAGAUUCAUCCUUUUAUUCGUAUGACGACGAGGGUGAUAACCUGGUGGACCCGAGCCUGCUUGGACAGGCGGUAUCGGAGAAGACCCUCCUGGAUCUACACAGAGAGCUCAUUCAUCAGACUGUGUCUGAGUCUAACACUCUCACAGGGUUUUCAUCUUCUGUUGUCACAUUUAAACCCUUCACGCUUAAACUGAAGAGUCUUUAUAUGCUUGAGGUGUCUGCAAGUUGUGAGGGGCGGCUGCAGGGGAAGAGCCAGCUGUUCUUUCACACACAAGCUGUUCCUGAGGGAAUGAGAUGUCAAAUACAACCAAGCACAGGCUCUGAAAUCCACACUCAUUUCAGCAUCUUUUGCUCUUCUGGAAAAGAGGAUCUCAUGUUUGAGUACAGUUAUAGUGUUGGAAGCUCUCCAAGGAGACUGCUUUACGAGGGCAGAGAUUUCCAACAUUACUUUAAUCUUCCAAGUGGGGAUCCGGAUGAGGAUUACAAGGUCACAGUCUAUGUGGAAAUAAAGAAUAGAUUCGGAGCGUCAACCAAGCGCUCCCCUGUGAACGUCACUGUUCUACCAAGCUUUCAGAUGAACUUGUCCUCUCAGCUCAGCCCUGAUCAAGAACUGUAUAUAUAUGGAAUAGGUAACUUAACCGGUCUGCACAAAAUUGGAAGCAACAGAGACAUCAUCAACUACAUUCAUCUUCUGACCACAGUGUUAAACCGUCUGAGUCUGAACCAAGAGUUCUCUGCUGAUCUUCUGACUCUUACACGUUCAGCUCUCAUUUCAUCCACCUGUCAGCUUACCAUCACUGACCAGGGAAUUCUUCUGGAAAUCAUUCGCAUGCUUACUGAUUUAUUCAAAAUCCCUUGUCAAGUCACAUUUGAUAGUGCAAAUAAAGUAUUCCAUCAUGUUCAGAACAUCUCAUCAAGCCUACAUGAGUCCAAACCGCCAGCAGGACACUUACUGGACAUCAAGGUUGUGAAUGCACUGGUUUCUCUCCUGUCUGGUGUCCUGGAUGCUCCAGUACUGUCCAUCAGACCAGGACAACAACUCAUAAACAAAGUCCUUCACACAAUCGCUGAUUUAGUGCUGAGGUAUAUGCUGUCCAAUGAUGUCCCACUGUACAAUAUGAGCACCACUUCAAUGAAAGCAUUAGUCUGGACCGUUGACCACUCUCAUACGACAGUGAAAUCAUUUGGCCUUACCACGUUCCACCUCACUGACUUUCUGGAGAUGCAAUUUCAGCAAUGGAAUAGCAAUUACCAACACAACCCCUGUGUUAUUACCUGGAUCACGGAGUACAAGCAGAGCCCGUACCGCUGGGCCAGGACCCCCUCACAGCUCGAUGGAGACACAGCAGACAUUCGGCUCUACAACUGCACGACAAAGAAAGAAAUCAAAGUGCGACACCUGGCCACACCGGUUACCAUUGCAUUUCAGAGGAGAGAGGAGAGCAAUAGCAGACAUGAGGAGUUUGCUCUUCUUCGUAGCCGUGUGAACACCCAUCAAUUCAACGUCACGCAAAAGAUCCUGCAAAGAGCCCUUCACGUCACUGUGCGAUUUUACAGGCCAGCUGAACGGCCUUUUCCCAUACUAAUGCUGCUGAGACCGUAUGAUCAGCCAACACCUAAACUGUACAAUGAGAAAAGAAUGCAUCACUGGAAAGACCAGACACAACACAUAUUUCUCCCUGCAUCCUCUCUGCACGUUGCUGGCACUGUCUACCUGAUGCUUCUCAAUGCUGACUAUAAUGAAAGCCCUGGUAACAAGUACAUUGCCAGUGCAGUGAACUACACAGUUAACAUCGAGUCUGUGGAGUGUUUGUCUUGGGAUGGUGUGAGAGAGUGGAAAUCCGAUGGUUGUUUUACGCAUGGUGGAGUUUCCCCAGACAAGAUCAACUGCAGCUGCAUGCGCUUGACAUCAUUUGCUGUCUCACAUCAAAAAAUCAUAUGCAGUCAUAACUCAACUGAUGUUUCGCAGUUUCUCAACUCGAAUACAAACUACACACUGAUCAUUGUGUCAGUCCUUUUCUUGACUCUGUAUGUGGUGGUGCUGGUCAUCAGUACACAUACUGAUGUUUCAAUGCAGAAAACUACAGGCUCAUUUCUGCUACCAGAAAACAAUCCUCUAGACCAGUUCCUCUAUGCUGUCACCAUACAAACAGGCUUUAGAUCUAGGACCAAGAUGACAGCAAGGGUCCACAUUGUUCUGUAUGGAGAUGAUGGUGUCUCUCAAACAAGGGAACUCAGCAGUACUGACUCAAAACUUUUUACCUGCAACUCUAGGAACACUUUUAUUCUUAGCACUCCACAGAGUCUGGGUCGAGUAUGGAAGGUGCACGUCUGGCAUGAUAAUGGAGGUCAAUGCCCCAGCUGGUUCCUGAGUCAUGUGGUGGUCAGAGACCUGGUGCAGGGAUCCUGCUGGUUCUUUCUGGGCCAGUGCUGGCUGGCAGUGGAUGAAGGAGAUGGAAAAGUAGAGAGGAGCCUCAAUGCUGCUGAACACAGCCUGACAUUUAAACAGUUUCUACAUUUGAAACUCACAGAGUACUUGGGGGACUUUCAUCCAUGGCUGUCUGCCUACAGCUGUCCGUCCUACAGCUCACACACGCACGUGCAGCGUUUAAGCGUGUGUAUGCUUCAUCUGCAGGGUUACAUGUGUGUCGGCACAAUGAUCAUUAAUCUUUUGGAAGAACAGCACUUCCUAGAAAUGGGCCUUAUCGAUGUUUCACCGGUCUCCAUGGUAACAGGGCUGUGCAGUGUUCUUGCUGUGAUGCCGGUAGGGAGUCUGGUGUCUAUGGUGUUUCGUGUCAGUAAGACAAACAUUUCUAAGAAUCUCUCAGAAGAACAGUACAGGGUUAAUGUGCCUGAUGUUUACUCUGUAGAAGAUCACCACGAUGCGCUUCUGAUAAAUGAUAGCACAUUUGAAUCGAAUUUGUCCCACCGCUGGACUCGGGGCUCAUGGAGGAAGGAAUAUAAGUAUGGUACUCAGAAUUGGAAGACAUCUGAUUCAGUGCCUGCGUCAAAACAGCAGGAGGAUGCAGAUGCUAUCAUUGAGAUUGCAGACGACAACAGAUCCGAUUUCAACAACAGAUCACAUAUGAAAAGCAAACAGAAUCAGUCUGAUCUCAGAUCAUGCACCUCUGCAGACGUUCAGGAGAAGUUUUGUGUUAGAAUGAGCAAUCUUAAAUUGUGGUGUUAUUAUUUGGGCUGGACCCUCUGCAUCUCCCUCUCACUAAUGUCUAUUACCAUCACGUCGACUUUAGGAAUAAGGUUCAGCAGGACAAAGGCUCUUCUGUGGAUUCAUUCAGUGUUCUGUUCUCUUGUGUGCUGUGGCUUUGUAAUUCACCCAGCGAUGAUACUAAUAAUUGCUACCACUGUGUCUCUGCUGCAUCGAGAGAGACCAGACUGGUUCCACAGUCUGAGUGUUAAAGGACCCGUUACUGAGUUAUUGAGACACAGGGACCAAAAAAUAGACAAUGUGUUGUUUCACCCAUGCCAACAGGGGACGAUAACACAGUUUGAGAAGGUGCUUGCAGCCCGUCAGAGAGCCAGAUACCUCCGUCUGGUUCGACCACCAAAUUCAACAACGUUAAAGAGCGUGAGGGGUCAGAUUAAGAAAAGAACCCUCCUUCACAAAACAGCAAGGGAUUUGAUGUUACACCUUAUCAUGCUGUCACUCAUUCUCUUUGUAACGUACGGAAAAUCUGACAAAGACCACAACUACCCUUUGAAUCAGGCCAUAACAAAGUACUUCACAAAGAGCCAACAGAAUUCAUUUCAUUCUAUCCAAAACCAUGAUGAUUGGUGGAACUGGACAUCGACUACAUUCCUAGAGAGACUGUACCAUAAGACCAAUGGCCAUGAUAAAAUAGCUAAUAUUGAGACCGAGCCUUUAAGUGGUGCCUAUUCUCUCACUGCGACCCCGAUUAUUAAAAAGAUCGAUAGCACAUAUAACUCAUCAUCUCAGAUUUUGAAUUUGUUGGGAAAGAGCAGCUCUGAAAUACGAAGUCAGACCGUAGAGGAAGAUCUGAGCUCCACCGACUCAAGCUCCAAUGACCAAUCUGUCAUAGAGAAUGACUCACUUUGUGGAAAACUUGGUUGCUAUGAGGGAAAAGGAGUGAGUGUCAGCCUGGGAAAAACAAGGUCUCAAGUAAUGCAGGUCAUUGAAAAACUUCAGACCACUGGCUGGGUGACUCGGUUUACCCAUGUUGUGAGGAUCCAGUUUCUUCUUCACAAUCCGCCCACUAACCUCUUCACGUCAGUCAGCAUUGCAGUUGAACGAAGUCCAACAGGAGCCCUUAUGCCUUCAACCACUGUCCAAUCUACCAGACUCCAUCAUUUCCCAGCUGCCCUUGAUUACAGUGUUAUGACCUGUGAGCACCUUUUCCUUUUAUUUAUAUUCCUUCAUAUGUAUUGGCAAAUAUAUGUCAUGACUCAAAGAGGACGGCUUUACUGGACAAACCUUUGGAGCUGGUUAGAGGUGGCACUUAUCAUCUGUGGUCUUUUGCGCUAUGCCUGCUCUGUGUACCACUCCAUGCUAAAAGCAGAGAUGAUUGACUUCCUGCAGAGGGUUGAUUUUAAAUUACAUGUUGACUUAAGUCCCAUCUUGUUAUGUGAGAAGCUUUCUCUAGCAGUCCAUGGCAUUGUUGUGAACUUGCUUCUCCUGAAAUGUUUGCUCUUCUUACGGCUUAACAAAACAGCAGCUGCAGUUUCUGCUUCGAAGCAGGUCAUCUCCAGCCUGCUUUGGUUACUGGCACCUGGUGUUAUUGUCGCACUGGCCGCCUCCUGUCUGUGGAACCUGAUCUUGAAUUCAUUCCUGUCUACUAGCACUGGAUUUGUUGAUUUAUUUUUGGACCACUUUAGUGAAAUGUCUUACCAAAUCAAAACAAAACUUAAUUUUAGUGUUAUAUUUUGCGCUUUGAUUCCUCUGAAAGCUGUGGUAAUUGGCACCCUUACCAUUUUUGUGAAACAAAUAAAAAGAACUACAAAGAGAAAAGAUAGGAUCACAGUGUUUGACCUGAUCUCUUACAUCAGAAAUAAAGCUUUACUACUUAUCGGCAAAGGCAGCCAAAAACCAGACUGUCGUGUUCAUACAAAUAGCUUUUAUUUGGAAGAGUUUGAGGAUCUCAUGGAUGAGCUACUGUUUCAUCUUCGCAGUAUGUCAGAGAACGUCAACACCCUCCCAGCAAAAGAAAAUGUAUUUGAAACCCAGAGCACUUUCUCCUUUCCAAAUUCUCAGCAUCAUCAUAGCUCAGACUCAGAGGUUAUUAUCAAUUAUCAAUCAGUUACAUUAAUUUAAGGUUAUAAAUGACAUCAAUGGCAUCAUAUAUGGAUAGAGUGCAGAUUUUGAUGUGACAUUCAUGAGUGUCCAGACAAUCAAGUUUGAGGAGUUGAAACACAGAAGUCUGGACUUGAAAGGUGUUUCAUUAUUAUCACAUGAAGAAAACACUUUAAGGGAACUCUUGCUGUGUUUUAUUAUGAAAAUUUAAACCGACGAAAAACCCAGCCGAUCCAUUCAAAAGGAAUAAAGGAUUUCAGAAGCCAACUGAAAGAACCUCAUUCAAGCAAGCGGCUCAUCUUUACCCAGCUGAGUGGAAAUACAUGUCUUCUGAAAUCCUCUUCGAACCAGCCAGGAUAGGACAUGUUAAAAAAGUGACAUUCUAACACAAAUGAAAAGAGACAAUCCAUCUUGUGAACCCUCAACGCAAGGUUGUGGGUUCGAACCCAGGGGAAUGCAAAUACCUAUGUAAAAUGUAUAGGAUAAAGCAAUGUAAGUCGCUUUGGAUAAAAGCGUCUGCCAAAUGCAUAAAUGUAAAUGUUGUGAAGCUGUCACAGGUCAUGCAACUAACAGCGAGUUGCAUGUGUUUAAUGUACCUACAUAGAUAAUAAACAAUUAUUCUGUGGAAGAGCAAACAAAUAUUCCAGGAUACAUUGAAAAAUAUGUGUAACGUUAUUCGAUAAAAGAACUAAAAUGGACAUUUUUCUGUAUGACAA